CUGAACGAAAACAAACAGUGCGCUUGGAAUAAGAAAUAUUCCGAAAGGUGAUUUAAUUUAUUGUGAAUGUCACUGGUGGUUUAAAACAACGAUUGGAAAAUAGGAGUCAUCUGGGAAUAUGAAGCGGCGAAAUGCCGAUUGUGGAAAAAUCAGAAGGCCAGUGAAAAGAACUAAAAUAGCAGAGGGCAUAUAUGGAAGUACAUUUCUAUAUGUGAAGUUCUUAGUUGUCUGGGCCUUGGUGCUGUUGGCCGACUUCAUUUUGGAGUUUCGCUUCGAGUACCUGUGGCCCUUUUGGCUCUUACUUCGCAGUGUCUACGACUCUUUUAAAUAUCAAGGGCUGGCUUUCUCUGUUUUCUUUGUAUUCAUUGCAUUUACAUCAGACAUGAUUUGCCUCCUUUUUAUCCCAGUUCAUUGGCUGUUUUUCGCAGCAAGCACAUAUGUGUGGGUGCAGUAUGUGUGGCACACAGAGAGGGGAAUUUGUCUUCCUACCAUCUCUCUAUGGUUACUUUUUGUAUAUAUUGAAGCUUCAGUGCGGCUCAAAGAACUUAAAAAUUUGCCAUUUCACUUAGAUCUUUGUAGGCCGUUUGCAGCCCAUUGCAUAGGUUAUCCAGUCGUUACUCUUGGAUUUGGUUUCAAAAGUUACGUUGGAUACAGAAUGAGGCUACGGAAGCAAAAAGAAGUUGCCAAAGAAAAUGAAUUUUACAUACAAUUACUGCAGCAAGCAUUACCACCAGAAGCUCCUAGUAUAGCUAACCUGUGUUCUCAAGAUAAAGAAAAAGCUUCCAAAUCCACAGAGGAAGUAAUCUCAAAUGGCCAUUGUGUUACAGCUAAUCAUGGGCAUGGAAGAAAAAGCAUCUGCAGUGGUAGCAGUGUUAGUAACAGUACUAAUUUAAAUAAUCAGAACAGUCUGACGCCUGCGAUAGCAGAGAGCAAGAGCUCGUCUUAUUCCGAACUGGACUCUCGGGAGUCACGGAAACAUAAUGCAAUUCCCAUGGACAAGCAUGAUUAUCAAUACAUGGAGACACAAAUUGUAAAACAGACUAAUAGUGUUAAUCAUGACUUUGAUGACAGUGAUGAAAGUUGUGAAAGAGAGAAAGCGAUUUUUAAAAGUAAUGGUGUUGCAUGUCUCACGACCAGCUUGUCACAAACGCGUGGCAAGUGGAACCCUAAUAGUGUAAAAGACAAUCUCACAUCACUUCAUACAAGCAAUUCCAAAAGAAGCAGGAAUUCUUCAAAAGAAAUUUCUGCAAAUAGUUUAAACUCACAGAAAGACGAUCACACAUACAGGCUUGAAGCUGAUAUCAAGAGGCUCAAAGCUGAUCUACAGUCCAGCAGGCAAAGUGAACAAGACCUCCGAAGCCAAGUUCAUAGCAUUUCUGUUGGAGAACGUUCCAUUAAAUCUGAGCUUCUGCAGCUGCAGCAGGAUAAUGAAUCUUUGCAGCACAAGCUUCAUAGCAUGGUAACAGCUCGCCAGCAAGACAAGCAAACUAUUGCUAAUUUAGAAAAGCGUGUGCAGGAAGAAAGGAAGAUGCGAACGUUGUAUGAAAAUCAGCUUGCUACUGAAAGGAAAGCUAAGAAAGCGGAGGAGGCUGCGGCUGCAAGAGCUGUCGCCAUGGCAACAGCAAGAAUUGAAUGUACAGAAAAUUGUAAAUCGAGAAGAAGAGACAUGGAAAAUGAAAUUAAACAACUUAGAAGAGAUUUGAAAAUUAGGGAAGAAAAGUUGCAGCAAAUGGAAAGACAAGCACAGUCUUUGUCCUCAUACCAGGAAAACAUUGGCAGCACGCAGGCUUUGGUGUCUGCUCUCAAUGCGAUGGAGGAGAAGAACGCACGCCUCGAAAACAGUCUCAGUGCAGAGACACGGCUGAAACUGGACCUCUUUUCUGCUUUGGGAGAAGCAAAACGUCAGUUAGAAAUUUCCCAGUCAUUAUUGGCACAGAGAGACAAGGAAGUAGACGAGUUGAAGUCCAAAGUUGCCGAAGUGAUGGCCGUUAUGCCAGUCACGACCAACCCUGGAUGCUAUCCUCCAAGCCACAGUCCCACCAUCAGCUUGUCCCAAGGAAUGAUAGUUUCUUCUCUCUUCUGCUCUCCCAAGUACAACAAUAGCAUGGAUGUAGCCGUCGUCUCAAAGAAUAACCCCUUUGGAGAGGAAAAGGUCUCCAAGUCUAAUCUCGACCCGAAUGCGUCGGUCUAUACCCCGAAAGUGGCCCGUCUCGGAUCGUCGGAAUCGGACAUCUGAGGAAACCAGAAGAAAUUUUCAUUCGGAGUUGAGCGUUGAAGAGGGACUGGUGCAGAUGUUUCUUUCGCCCCUCUUUGAGUUUAUUUGGCUGUUGUACUUCAAUUUAGAGGUAAAACUUUAUGAAACUAAUACAAAAGGCAAAAGAAAAUGUUAUAUGAACAUUUUUGGUUGAAUCAUGCCAUUUAAUUGCAAACAAAAAAAAAUAUUUUGUGGCAAAAAUCUGCUGUUUUUUUUAUUUUUAAGUUGCUGUGAUCUUCAGCCUAUUUAGGUUCAAGGGAAUUUAGUCCCUUCAUUUGUUUUCAUGCGAGACCACCCAUCGAAUAUUUAAUUUUCUCUUUUGUUGUGAUGUAAUUGCAGUAUGCACUAUUCAUAAAUGUUUAUCGAUGUCAUAAUUUUUAUUGAACUCUUUUUCAAUUUGAAAAAGAUGGAUGCCUGCACCAGUUCUGUACAUGGAUUAAGCACCCAGUGAAAUAAUUUAAUGUGAAAAUUAUUCAUGCAUUACAAGUGCAUAAGUUUCUCUUUGUUCAGUUCAUUAUGAAGCAUAGAAGUCUAUAGCCCUGUGACUCAAGCACAUCUAGUCUUUUUUUUUUAACUGAAAUUUGCACAAUAUUUUAUAAGUGUUUGUUUUAUUCCACACAUGUUCAGUUUUUAUGAAAAAAAUUAUUCCACUGGGUAUCAUCUUGUAUGGUGUUUCAUGUGUACGUAAAUAGCACAUUUUGUGUAAUUGCUCAUUGAAGAUUUUUGAAACGUUUUACUGACGAAGGCAAGAAAAGGUCUUCAACCCUAUUACCCCUGUGUUUCAGACACUGGGUGGUCCUGGCAUUUCUCCCCAUCCUUUUGUUUGACGUUCUAUACACACUUUCACAUCUUUGUCAUUUGCCAUCUGCGUUUUGUCAUUUGUUUUUCUUUUUCGCAGCAGACAACUGCGAAAAAUUGUGGAGACGAGAGCUUUUCAGUUGAUGUACCACUUUGAAGUGGAGUUCAUAGACCUGAAUGUAUGAAUAAUAAAAGAAAAAAGUCUUUCAUUG